AUGGGCGUCGUCCACGCCUAUCACAUGCCCGUCCCGCGGGCUCCUGCACCGGGUCUCCUUGGCCCGCGUCCAGCGGGCCACCAGGCGUUCGUCGCUGCCCCCUACCAGCCCUACGGUGCCCCGCUCGCGCCGCCACCCCUCGGUGGUUACGGCGCGCCCACCCAGGCGCCGCCCUAUGGAGGCCAGCUGCCGCCGCUGGCACCUGCACCGUGGGACCCUGCCGUCCUGGCCGCCCUACACUCGGCGCCGUCGCCGAGCAACUAUGGCGGUGGAGGCGACUGGUGCAUGGACUCGGGUGCUACUGCGCACAUGACAGCUCAUCCCGGACGCCCGUACCCGGAUGGUGCUUCACCGAUGUGA